UGGGGCAGAGCGUUCACAACAUGCCGGCCAUUUUGGUCGAAAACAUAUGGUUAAUCUUCGAAAAGAGCUCUKUCUUUUAAUGUUUUGAUAAAUUAACAACUUGAGAAUGGCUCAAUCUCUACUCACCGGCUUAAAGAGCCGUUCUGACGAGGCGCGUCUCCAAGCUGCGAAGGAUUUACAAUAUUAUGUCUCAACUGAGUUGAGAGAGGCUUCUGCUGAGCAGCUCACUUCAUUUAUGGACGAUUUCAAYCAYCAUAUWUUUGAGAUGGUAUCAAGYUCUGAUGCUAAUGAAAAGAAGGGUGGGAUCAUGGCUAUUGUUGGUUUACUUGGAAUAUCUGGUGGUGGAAAUGCAUCCAAAAUGACAAGAUUUGCMAACUACUUGCGUAAUCUUUUGCCGUCCAAUGAUACCAUGGUGAUGGAGAUGGCGUCAAAGGCCAUGGGUCUCCUCGCACUGACAGGAGGGACAUUUACAGCAGACUAUGUUGAGUUUGAAGUCAAACGAGCAUUGGAAUGGCUUGGAGGUGACAGGAAUGAAGGUCGACGUCAUGCAGCGGUACUUGUAUUGAGAGAACUGGCUUUAAAUGCACCCACAUUCUUCUUUCAACAAGUUCAGCCAUUCUUUGAUAAUAUUUUCAAUGCAGUUAGAGACCCUAAGCAAGCUAUCCGUGAAGGGGCUAUGGAGGCCCUCAAAGCCUGUCUCGUCAUUCUUGCUCAAAGAGAAACUAAAGAGAUUAGAAAGCCACCAUUGUGGUAUAGUCAAACCUAUGAGGAAGCCAAGAGAGGAUUUGAAGAUACAGUGAAUACAAAAGAAAAGGGAGUUGUACUCACCAAAGAAGACAAAGCCCAUGGGUCUCUACUAAUCAUAAAUGAACUUAUCAGAAGUGCAGGUCCAGAGGGAGAGCAUUUCAAGAAAGAUCUCGAAGACAUCUACUCAGAUCAAACCCAGACCAGUGURAGCCUCAACGACCUGGGAAUCACAUCGCCGAAGAGUAAAUUCUCCCAACAAACAGGCAUCCUUAAUCAACGUACCACACUAUCCUCUAUCGUUGGUAGUGGUCUGGGGGAAGUUAGUCCCAUGUGUCACAGCAAAGUGUGUAAGGAAUACAUGGAGGUUAAAUUUGUGGAGGUGUGUGGAUUGGUCCUCAGAUACAAAAAUAUCCGCAGCAGUUGCAUACAGCAAACUUUGUUGACCCUUAUACCAAGACUUGCUGCAUUCCAGCCUCAAAGAUUUGUUAAAACAUAUCUUCACAAAGAUGUAAUUCCUUAUCUUAUUGGAGCACUUAAGAGAGAUAGAGAAAGGUCCUCGGCAUUCAAAGCUGUCAGUUUGGUUGCCAUAGCAGUGAAAAAUAACAUUGAACCACAUUGCAAGAUCAUACUGGAGCAGGUUAAAGCCUUUUUACCAAUUAAAGACUUGGGACACAAACGUCAAAAGUCUGUAACAGUGGAUCCAAUGGUCUUUGCUUGUGUUGCCAUGAUGUCUCGUGCUGUUGGCCCUAAGAUAUCUAAAGACAUCAAAGACUUGCUAGAACCCAUGUUGUCAGUUGGACUUAGCCCUGCUUUGACUGCUUGUCUACAUGACCUGGCUCACCAAGUUCCACAGCUGAAGAGAAGCAUUCAAGAUGGCUUGUUGAAGAUGCUGUCACAGAUUCUAAUGCACAAGUCACUGAGACAUCCUGGAGCACCCAAGAGUAGCACACCAACUCUAACACAAUCUGCAUCGUCCCAUUCCCUGCUUGAUACCAUUGAUAGUGCAAGUACAGUAUUAGCACUGCGAACAUUAGGAACCUUUGACUUUGAUGGUCUAGAGCGUAAUCACGCCCACCUUGUGAGACAGUGUGCAGACACAUUCCUUGCCAGUGAGGACAAAGAUACCAGGAUGGAAGCUGUCAGGACUUGUUCAAGACUCCUUUCACCAGCAAUACAUCCAAUGGUGUCAGCCAACCCUUCAUUACAGCGUGGUCCAAUCAGUGCUUCGUCUACAAAUAUAGUWUCAGAAGUAUUAAGCAAAAUGUUGAUGGUUGGGAUUACCGAUCCAGAUCCUGAUAUUCGGUACUGUGUAUUGAUUUAUUUGGAUGAAAGGUUUGACGCUCACCUCGCGCAGGCUGAGAACCUUGCUGCUCUAUUUGUUGCUUUGAGCGAUGAGGAGUUUGAAAUACGUGAAAUAGCUAUCAUUAUCAUUGGUCGUCUAAGUCGUUUAAACCCUGCUUAUAUCAUGCCAUCUCUCCGGAAGACGUUAAUUCAGAUCCUCACUGAGCUUCAGUACAGUGGAGUGGCCAGGAACAAAGAACAAAGUGCCCGUAUGUUGGGUCAUCUUGUCUCCAACGCACCCAUGUUGAUACGACCUUACAUGGAACCAAUACUAAAGGCUCUUAUUCCCAAAUUGCGUGACACUGAUCCUGAGGUAGUCAUCAGCGUCACAGCAGCAAUUGGCGAGCAUGCGCAGAUUUGUGGCAAGGAGAUGUGUAAGUGGAUGAACGAGUUGUGUCCAAUUCUUAUUGACAUGCUYCAAGAUGCAUCUUCGAUGCCUAAACGCGAGAUUGCACUCUGGACUCUUGGUCAGCUAAUAGGAAGCACUGGAUAUGUGGUUGAGCCAUAUCGAAAGUACCCCAACUUACUGGAUGUAUUAUUGAACUUCCUCAAAACCGAACAAGCUCCCAGAAUAAGAAGAGAGGCUAUUAGAGUUUUAGGUCUACUUGGAGCACUGGAUCCGUAUAAACACAAAUUUAACCAAAGUCUCGGUGCAAACGAUGAUGGUACUAACAUGACCAGCAAGGAAAGUGACAUGGUUUGUAUUUCAGCAGCUUGGCAAUCUUAUUUCYAUUGUGAAACAACACAUUAGGAACUAUUUGGAUGACAUCUUCACCCUGAUAAAGGAAUACUGGACAAUUAACAGCCCCAUGCAGACGACUCUUGUACUACUGGUGGAGAACAUAGCUGUGGCUCUUGGUGGAGAAUUCAAGAACUACUUGCCUCAGAUUAUUCCGCAGAUACUUAAAGUUUUUAUGCAUGACAAUAGCGAAAAGAGAAGCGUAACCACUAAGCUUUUGAACGCUCUACAAAUGUUUGGCUCAAGCCUUGAUGACUAUCUUCACCUUCUUGUUCCUCCAGUCGUCAGACUUUUUGACUCAAAUGAUAUCCCAAUGACUGUUAGAAAAUGUGCUCUAGAAACCCUUGACAGACUAAGUGAAUCUCUCGACUUGACUGAUUUUGCAUCAAGAAUCAUCCAUCCAAUWGUUCGUACACUUGAUAAAUGCCCUGAACUACGAGGUACRGCGAUGGAUACWCUGUCUUGCCUUGUGUAYCAGCUUGGGAAAAGAUAUUCUACAUUUAUACCCACUGUCAAUAAGGUGUUGGUAAAACACAGAAUACAACAUCUACGUUAUGAUGUAUUGAUUACCAAGAUUGUCAAGAGUUCGUUUGUGUUGGAAUGGGACACGAAUCCCGUGCUUCGACGACAAAAGACUGGUAAAGGAAACUUUGCCGACGAUUCUGCWACGACAGCGGCCAUUGAAGCUGCAAGCAUCAAGAAACUAGCCUUCAAACCAGAUAGCUUGUCCAAGGCUUGGGACGCUGUUCGUUGUGUUUCUAAAGACGACUGGAUGGAAUGGUUACGAAGGCUUAGUGUGGAACUGCUUAAAGAGUCACCUUCCCCAGCACUGAGGUCAUGUUGGGCAACAGCUCAGACUUACCCUCCCCUGGCAAGGGAUCUCUUCAAUGCAGCUUUUGUAUCUUGCUGGUCUGAACUUCACGAAGAACUACAGAAUGAACUAGUUCGAAACUUAGAGCUGGCACUAAAAAGUCAGAUCCCUGAGAUAACACAGACWCUUCUCAACCUGGCCGAGUUYUUGGAGCAUACAGACAAAGGGGCGUUACCGCUGAGCAGUGAUUUACUUGGAGAGCAGGCGUCAAAGUGCCGAGCGUACGCCAAGGCCUUGCACUACAAGGAAGAAGAGUUCCAUCGACAAGCGACAGCUGAGAUUCUAGAAGCAUUGAUCAGUAUCAACAACAAGUUACAACAGCCCGAGGCUGCACAUGGUGUACUUGUGUACGCAACAAAUAAGCAUGGAACAGAUGUGGAAAUCAGAGAGCGAUGGUACGAAAAGUUGCACGACUGGGAUAAUGCAUUAGCGGCGUACAAGAAAAAACUUGACCAGGAUCCUGAUGACAUGGAUUUAUACUUGGGCAAAAUGCGAUGUAUGGAGGCUUUGGGAGAAUGGGGCGAGCUUCAUCGUGUUGCAUGUGAAAAAUGGCCUAACGUUAGCGACGAGACCAGAAAGCAAAUGGCGCGAAUGGCUGCGGCCGCCGCGUGGGGACUAGAUAACUGGGAUAGCAUGGAGGAAUACACUUGUAUGAUACCAAGAGAGACUCAAGAAGGUGCCUUCUACAGAGCAGCCUUAGCGCUUCAUCACGAUCAUUUCCAGCAAGCUCAGGCAUGYAUCGAUGCUGCACGUGAUAUCUUGGACACUGAACUAACGGCAAGAGCUGGGGAGAGCUACAACCGUGCGUAUGGGGCUAUGGUUACAGUGCAAAUGCUCUCAGAACUCGAGGAAAUCAUCCAAUACAAGCUGAUUCCUGAACGACGCGAGKCAAUCAAACGAACAUGGUGGAACCGCCUCCAGGGAUGUCAGCGAGUUGUCGAGGACUGGCAAAAGAUCCUUCAAGUUCGCUCUCUCGUCCUCACCCCACAGGAAGACAUGCAAUCGUGGUUGAAGUAUUCUAGUCUGUGUCGUAAGAGCGGUCGUUUGGCGUUGAGUCACAAGACGUUAGUUAUGUUAUUGGGUAGCGAUCCCUCAAAACAUACUGAUCAACCGCUGCCCACAACAUACCCACAAGUCACAUUUGCUUACAUGAAGCAUAUGUGGAGGGAAGGACAGAAGGAAGAUGCUUUUCAACAUCUACAACGCUUUGUCCACACCACACUUCAUCAACAAGCCUUGCAGUCCCUGUCACCAACUGAUGACGAUAAUAAACGAGAAGAACUACUGAAGCUAAUGUCACGAUGCUACCUAAAGCUCGGUGACUGGAUGUCGUCGUUACAAGGGUUUAGCGACAACACAAUACCACAGAUUCUGCAAUAUUACUCGGACGCUACGGAAAAUGAUCGAAACUGUUACAAGGCCUGGCAUUCCUGGGCAUUCAUGAAYUUUGAGGCUGUUUUGUACUACAAAAACCAACCUGGACAGGGYAARACGGCUUUGAAUACCAGYUCAACCGUUGGAACCCCUCCAACUUCACCAAAGAACGUCAAUCCCAUCAUUACGUAUGCCGUGCCCGCAGUACAUGGCUUCUUCAARUCCAUUGCGUURUCCAGCGGUAAUUCAUUACAAGACACGCUCCGUCUUCUAACACUAUGGUUCGACUAUGGCCAUCAGUCRGAGGUKUACGAGUCCCUUGUAGAAGGAAUCAAGACGAUACAGAUCGAUAAUUGGCUGCAGGUUAUACCACARCURAUAGCAAGGAUUGAUACACCRAGACAACUUGUAGGACGAUUGAUAAACCAAUUAUUGACUGAUAUAGGAAARCAUCAUCCACAGGCUCUCAUCUAUCCAUUGACGGUGGCGUCCAAGUCAGCGAGCAGUGCCCGUCAUAGUGCAGCCAAUCAGAUCUUGAAGAACAUGUGCGAACAUAGUCAACAACUAGUCCAGCAGGCCAUUAUGGUCAGCGAAGAGCUAAUUCGCGUCGCUAUUCUUUGGCAUGAACUAUGGCACGAAGGUCUUGAGGAAGCUUCUCGUCUUUACUUCGGUGAAGGCAACGUCAAGGGAAUGUUUGCAGUGCUGGAACCAUUACAUCAAAUGAUGGAACGAGGACCACAAACAUUGAAGGAGACGUCAUUCAACCAGGCUUACGGCAGGGAUCUYAUGGAAGCUCAGGAAUGGUGUCGUCGAUAUCAGAAGUCUAACAAUGUCAAAGACUUGACACAAGCCUGGGAUUUGUAUUAUAUGGUGUUCAGAAGAAUCUCCAAACAGCUACCACAGCUGACGUCACUAGAGCUCCAAUACGUGUCCCCUAAACUGCUAAUGUCACGUGAUCUAGAGCUGGCCGUCCCAGGAACGUAUGAACCUCAUAAACCUGUCAUUCACAUCCGUCACGUGCACUCAUCUCUCAAUGUCAUAACAUCGAAACAACGGCCAAGAAAACUUUGUAUCUCAGGAAGCAACGGUGUGGACUCCAUGUUUCUUCUCAAAGGACACGAAGACUUACGACAAGACGAGCGUGUGAUGCAACUUUUUGGUCUAGUAAACACUUUGUUAUCAAGCGACAGAGAGACAUCAAAGAGACAUCUAAGCAUACAGCGUUAUGCAGUGAUACCGCUGUCCACCAACUCUGGUUUGAUUGGCUGGGUACCUCACUGUGAUACCUUACAUGCCCUUAUAAGGGACUAUCGCGAGAAAAAGAAGAUUUUGUUGAAUAUUGAGCAUCGGAUUAUGUUAAGGAUGGCACCAGAUUACGACCACCUCACCCUGAUGCAGAAGGUUGAGGUCUUUGAACAYGCCUUGUCCAACACUAAUGGCGAUGACCUAGCAAAACUACUUUGGCUGAAGAGUCCRAGUUCUGAGGUAUGGUUUGAUAGACGUACCAACUACACGAGAUCUUUAGCUGUCAUGUCGAUGGUCGGUUACGUACUYGGUCUGGGAGACAGGCAUCCGUCCAAUCUCAUGUUGGACCGUCUAAGCGGUCGUAUUCUUCAUAUCGAUUUUGGCGACUGUUUUGAGGUUGCGAUGACAAGAGAGAAAUUCCCUGAAAAGAUU